UCCAACAUGGCGGCCAUGUCGCUGCAGCUAACGGUCGUCUGUCUCUUCCUCCUCGGCGGGGUUUUAACUUUUCCUCUCGGCCAGGAAGCCGAACACACCUCCACCUGCGGAUACGAGUCAUGUCAUCCCACCAAGCCCGACAUGCUGAACGUCCACCUGGUCCCUCACACACAUGAUGACGUCGGCUGGCUAAAGACUGUAGACCAGUACUUCUAUGGAGAUCGUAACGACAUCCAGCAUGCCGGGGUGCAGUACAUCCUGGACUCGGUGGUGGAUCAGCUGCUCAAGAAUCCAGACAGGAGGUUCAUCUACGUGGAGACGGCGUUCUUCUACCGCUGGUGGCGACAGCAGAGCUCCAGCAUGCAGCAGACAGUCAAGCAGCUGGUGAAUGAAGGCCGUCUUGAGUUUGUGAACGGCGGCUGGUGUAUGAGUGAUGAGGCCACCACCCACUACAGCGCCGUCAUCGACCAGAUGACCAUGGGCCUGAGGUUCCUCAAUGAGACGUUUGGGCCUUGCGGUCGCCCCCGUGUCGCCUGGCACAUUGACCCCUUUGGCCACGCCCGCGAACAUGCCUCCAUGUUUGCACAGAUGGGGUAUGAUGGUUUCUUCUUUGGUCGUCUGGACUACCAGGAUCGGGCUCGCAGGAUGAUGUACAAGGAGCAGGAGCUUCUAUGGAGGGCGUCUGACAGUCUCACACCCCCCAUGGCUGACCUCUUCACCGGGAUCCUUCCCAACGGGUACAACCCUCCUGAAGGCUUCUGCUGGGACCAGUCCUGUGAUGAUGCACCAAUCAGAGACGACCCUGACCUGGAGGAUUAUAAUGUUGAUGAUGUGGUGAAGCGCUUCCUCGCCAUCGCUGAGGGUCAGUCUACGGUGUAUAAGACCAAUCACAUCAUCAUGACCAUGGGCUCGGACUUCCAGUAUGAAAAUGCCAACCUGUGGUACAAGAACCUGGACAAGCUGAUCCACUACGUCAACGCGCAGCAGGCCAACGGCGUCAAAGUCAACGUGCUCUAUUCCACCCCCUCCUGUUACCUCCAGGAGCUGCACAGAGCAAACCUCACCUGGGCUUUGAAGAACGACGAUUUUUUCCCCUAUGCAGACGACGCUCAUGAUUUCUGGACCGGAUACUUCACCAGCCGACCGGCGCUGAAACGUUACGAGAGGAUCAGCAACAGCAACCUGCAGACGUGCAACCAGCUGGAGGUACUGGGUGGUCCAGCCUCCAGGAGGGGUCCCUUUGGUGUGGGUGACAGCAAGACUAUGAUGGAAGCCAUGGCGGUGGCUCAGCACCAUGACGCUGUGUCGGGCACCGAGAAGCAGCACGUAGCGAACGACUACGCCAGGAGGUUAGCUAACGGCUGGCAGCACUGUCAGGUUCUGGUCAGUAACAGUCUUGCUGUUCUGAGCGGCUCGAGCGCUGAGAGAAUCUACUGUGACAACCUCAACAUCAGUGUGUGUCCUCUCACUGAGUCAAGCAAAAAGUUCUCAGUCAAUGUUUACAACCCUCUUGCUCGCCCCGUCACCUGGCCCGUCAGACUGCCGGUAAACGGCACAGCAUAUGUCGUAUCGGAUGCUAAAGGCAAAUCUGUGGACAGCCAGGUGGUUCCAGUGUCCACAGCCACCCGGGAGGUGAGGAGGGGCCGAGGUUUCGCUGUCAACGAGCUGGUGUUCCAGGUGCAGGUGCCUCCUCUGGGCUACACCACCUACUCCGUGUCCCUGCUUCAGGACGGGCCUCCACCCGCGCCCACCCAGCACCGCACGCCCACAACCAUCAAGAACAAGUUCCUACAAGUGACCUUUGACCCCGACACCGGCCUCUUGAGCAGCCUCAGCAACCUGGAGACCAAACAGACCAUCAAACUGACGCAGAACUUUUACUGGUACAACGCCAGUGACGGUAAGAAUUUGAUGAGCAUCCAGCCUUCAGGCGCCUACAUCUUCAGACCCAACUCGUCCACGCCGUUCGUCAUCAGCAAGACGGCCAAGACGGAGAGCAUUCAGACCCCUGCUGUGCAGGAGGUGAGGCAGUGGUUUUCUCCCUGGGUGUCUCAGGUCGUUCGUCUCUACGCUGACAGCAGAGCUCUCGAGCUGGAGUGGACGGUCGGCCCGCUGCCCAUUCAUGAUGACCUGGGGAAGGAGGUGAUCACUCGUCUAGACACCAGCAUCCAAACCUCUCAGUAUUUCUACACAGAUUCAAACGGCAGAGAGGUGCUGCAGAGGAAGACAGAUUUCCGGCCUACAUGGAAUCUGAAGCAGUCGGAGCCCAUCGCUGGAAAUUACUAUCCCAUCAACUCCCGCGCUUUCAUCAAGGAUGAUUCGGACCAGCUGACCGUGGUGACAGAUCGCUCUCAAGGAGGAGGCAGCAUCAACAACGGCUCCCUGGAGAUCAUGCUCCACCGCCGGCUGCUGUACGAUGACGUCCGUGGUGUCGCUGAACCUCUGAACGAGACCUCUGCGAUCUUCCCCGAGGGGCUGGUGGUCCGAGGACGCCUCCUGCUCUCCCUCGACCGUCCAGCGAGCGCGGCCGACACACACCGCCCCCUGGCCCAGGAGGUGGUGCUGCAGCCGCUGCUCACAUUCACUGACGGAGAUCUGCACCCAAACACUCGGCUGGAGUUCUCUGGGCUGCAGGCUGCGCUGCCCCCUGCUGUCCACCUGCUCACACUGAGUCAGUGGGACAAAACCACAGUGCUGCUGAGACUGGAGCAUCAGUUCCAGAGCUGGGAGAGCAAAGUGAACUCGCGGCCCGUCACCGUCAACCUGCAGAAGCUCUUUACCACUUUGGACAUUCUGGGCAUGUCUGAGCUAAACCUGUCAGCCAAUCAGUGGAAAGACGAGAUGAAACGUUUCAGUUGGACACCAGAGUCAGAAGAGAGGCCCCUGCCGAAGACGUUUGAAGACCCCUCCACAUGGGAGGUGCUCUUGAAGCCAAUGGAGAUCCGAACCUUCCUGCUGAAAGUCAGCCUCAGAUAGCCAAUCGCACGCCUUUAACGAGAUGUUGCAGAUUAAUUAGCAAUGCAAGUUCACGUGGCGUUCGUCUCUGAGCUGCUGCAAAAAUAUAUGGAACAAUUACACCACUGCCCUCCACACGAAAUCAAAUCAAUCCUGUGGUCAACCAACAACAUGUUCCUCCUCUGAGACGUACAGUAUUUACUGCCUAGCUGCCUUUUUGUGCCAGGAUCCAUUUUUCAGCCUUAAAACCAACUUUCAAAUUUUUUUUUUUCUUCUUCUCACACACACGCACAAAGUUUUCUGACAUUUUCUGCUGCCAACGUGCACAACAAGUGCAAUCUUUGUAUGUCUGCCAAUGUGUAUAUAGAGUUGAUUUUAUACUGAUUGUCAAGCAGCUGAUAAUAAAGUCUAUGAUUUUUAUUUCA